UUAUGCCUGAACAUGUAUUGCAGGCAUUGAACACUUUGGGCUUUGGUUCAUACACACAAGAAUGUAAAGAAGUUUUAGAAGAAUGCAAACACGUGGCUUUAAAGAAAAGAAGAGGGAGCAGUCGACUAGAAAAUUUGGGAAUACCAGAGGAAGAACUGUUGCGUCAACAGCAAGAAUUGUUUGCCAAGGCUAGACAAGAGCAGUUAGAACAGGAGCAACAAGAAUGGUUACAAAUGCAACAACACAUGCAACUCCAGCAACAACAAUCAGGUGGAGGACAACCAAUGAUGGUUCCUGGCAGUGGAAUGAUGGAUCCGUCUCAAAUGGAAGCACACAAUUCAGCAUCCACAAGCGAAUGAGUGAAUAUGCAUACAGAACAAUAAAAAAAUGGUUUGCUGCUCCAAACCUGAACUUAAUGGAGGCGUUGGUUCACCAUGUGAUUAAAUAUAGACCUUUUCCAAAACACUUAAUAACAUUCAAAAGUGGUAGAUUAAUGGCAUAAGCUGCACACUCAGUCAAAAUGCACGGCUGUAGUGCAUACUCUGGCAUUGCAGGCAUACUUUGCAAAACGAUCUCCUUGUUCAAGAUAUGGGAAUAUCCUCUGCUGUCUUGGUAGUGCACUUUUGAAUUCAGUAAGUGCAGUAUUAUAAAACAGUGACGACUUGUUCAAUAUGAUAUUGUUGAUACAAUGAAGUUGCUUGAAAUAUCAACACAAGUCAACAGAGCUAUUCUAUUGUAUGCUAGUUGGCAGAUGCUUCAUUUUUUGCUUGAUAGAUACCCACUUUAAUCCAUACUAUGCUAUUUCUCCAAAAUCGUGGUUGCGUUUUGUAAAUGAUGAUUAAUCAUUAUAGCAGUUUGCAUUAGCAAAAUCCAAGAUCUCAAAUAUUUUGGAAACCAACAAUUUCGCAUCUAGCAACACGUCAACUAAUUUAACCAUCCAAAGCUUAGUAAUAGCGUCAUCAGUUCCUGAACUUGAAUGAAGGUGCAGAUAUAACAUUAAUUGAAGCUAGCAGGGAUGCUUAUUUCCAUGUAAAAGCUCGCUAUAACCAUGUAAUAAUGUGCAAAUGUUUUGUUUAUAAUACACAACUUUCAAGGGA